AUGCUCGUAUCAACACUUCUAGUGGUUGCCUUUCUAAUCGCCGUGCUGAGUCCGUUACCUGAGGUGGCCAUAUGGCACGACGAUAAUGACACCUGGACGAAUUACACUGGUAUUAAACUCGGCAGUGGGCAUGUGCCAUGCACGGAUAUUCCGCCAGCCAGCGAUGCUGUCUACAUAUCCCUUCUGCGGAUAUGCCAGCUCAACGUGGAUAUCGCCGUCUUUAUCCGAUUCGCCAUUCUCUUUCCGUUG